CGGCCGGUAUUACAACCGUAGAAAACUUCCGCAGGAGUGGACACGACGCGGUCGUUUGUGGACCUCGCCAGGAAAACAAAGGCGACGAGGAAACCCGAGGGAAACAUUGCGCCAGCCUUAUCAGAGUCGCGCGGUCUUGAAACCUGCUUGACCUGCACCGAACGUGCGCCGUGCACGAGGACGAGAGACGCGCGCGCUUCUGCAUCCUGAAGUUGGCGAAAAGUCGCCGAUUAAUCUCGUCGCGCUCCGUGUGAGCUGGGUCGUGACUUGUUCGGGUCGCGUCAUUGAGGCGACCGUUGAGCGGCGAUCUGGAGACAUACUCUCGACGCACCACGACGACCCGCGGCCGUGGGGCGCUUGCGAGAGUUCAUUCGUCCCGAAACACGUGCGGCGCAGGCGGGCAAGACGAGCGGGUGCAAACUCUACUCGGAUCUCAAUUUCGCGGACCUCAAUUUCUCAUAGUUCGCCCGUGACCACCGCUGCUGGCGAUGGACGCCAAGAACGAGUGGGACUACUCCAUCGAGAACGGCCCCAGCACAUGGGUGACAAAAUUCCCCAUGGCGGCCGGAUCGAGGCAGAGCCCGGUGAACAUUGAGACCUCUCGGGCGGAAUCCGACCAUGAGGCUCUCAGCAGCAAACCCCUACGAUGGAAAUAUCCGGCGACGGCCUCGCGGACGCUGGUUAAUCCCGGUUAUUGCUGGCGAGUGGACGUCGACGGCGAGGGCACAUUUUUGAGCGGCGGACCUCUGAUGGAUGACGUUUACAAGCUGGAGCAAUAUCACUGUCAUUGGGGAUGCAGCGAUUCCAGGGGAUCCGAGCACACGGUAGACGGCCAGGCUUUCGCCGGAGAGUUGCAUCUGGUACACUGGAACACCAGCAAGUACAAGACUUUCGCCGAAGCCGCGAAAGCACCCGACGGUCUGGCCGUUUUAGGGGUCUUCCUCAAGGUUGGCAAGACCCACGAGGAGAUGGACAAAAUCGCGCGCCUGCUACCCUUCGUCUCGCACAAGGACGAGGAGAUCGACAUCACGGAGACGAUCGACCCCGGGAAACUCCUGCCCGAUGAUAACGGAUACUGGACGUACUUGGGCUCUCUGACAACACCACCGUGCAACGAGAGCGUCACCUGGAUCCUCUUCAAGAAGUACAUCGAAGUGUCUCAUCGACAACUGAACAUUUUCCGUAAUUUGCGAAAGUUCCCGCGUGGCGAAGAGUGUCCCUGUCAUGAAAAUCACGGGGCGGUGAUCAACAACUUCCGUCCGACCAUGCCGCUGGGAAAUCGCGUCCUGCGGGAGUGCGGCAGCUUCUAAGGAUACCUCCGCGCCUCCCCCGGCGCCUGGGACGAUGAUUCGCGACCCUCUUCUUCUCGCCACGUCGUUUCUGCGAGCCAUCGAUCCCGGGAGCGACGACCACAGAUCCACGACACGGCCGCUAACGGGCGACGCUGGCGUUCAACGUGCCUUUCGAUUAAUCAACGAACACUCGCGCGUCUCGUGAACAACGGCUUGCCAGAGCCCGUAAUCGAAGCUCUAUGUAUCGUGUAAUCGAUUCCACGGCAGACGGACCUCCGCUUUACAGAUUAGGAAUAAAUAUUCAUACGUGUGCGGCUUUGCCGCGCGGCAUUGUCUUCGUAUCACUCAUGUAGAUUACGGAACGACUCGCGGAGCUCAGGGUGUAACGCCGUUACUUCGCGCGGAAUGCAUCGUAAGAUGAAAACGCCGGAUAUGCGCCGGUUGUGUCACAUCCUUCAUAACGGAGAAUUUCACUCGCGCAUUCGCGAUCGCCAUAUUUCAAGAUGUCUCUCGUAUUGCGCGUUAUUCGUCAAUUUUGUCGAGGCAUCGGCCGUAAGUAGGGAAGACCGAGCCUAAGUUGGCAAAACCGGUUAUUUCCAGUAUUUUCCAACAAGUUAUCAAAAAUUAAGCAAGCAAGGUUUUUAAACAUGGCUUCGAAAUCCCUGCUUGCUUGAUUCUAAAUCUGUUAGAGAAUAGUGAAAAUAAUCGCCAACUUAUUCCAAUAAUAAAGUAGCCUCGGUUUUCCCCACAAAAUAUCUUUAAUCAGUUGGACGUAUUUUGACAGCAGAUAGACAAACACACAUAUACACAGAGUAGCAGAAAGAUUAAAAAAUAUUCGAUGAGGCGUAAUUACAGAUAAUUACGAUCGACUGCAGUCUUCAGGGACUUUGUCGCGUCAGUGUCGAUCUCGUGUAUCUGCCUGAAUAUAAUAUCGUGUCCCUGAAUAAUCCGAAAUAGCGCGAUGUGGGCAAUUAAUUUGAGACGUGGCUUACGUUUAAGGAACAUUCAAUUCGAAAGAUUUCUUCUUUUUCCGAUCGCCCGAAAUCGCGCCUAUAUGUAUUCCGUUCGUCGGCUGGAUAAAUCUAUCUCGACGUCGUCGACACAGCAGACGCUUCGUCUGGUCAGGGUCAUUCCGAGUAACGGCUAAAUGGCAGGGACAGCAUACACAUCACGCAUACGUGCGUGAGCAUUUCAUUUUAAUUCAAGUGCAAUUACGAGUGAAACGUAGAUGAGACGUUAUAGAGCGUCUGCUUUUCACGCGAGGAAAUGUCGCUUUCUCGUUAAUUAGACUCACACGAUUCAACGGUAAGUAGAAACUCUGUUGCUUGCGUACGCGGCCGAAAAAGCGAACGAUGUAGUUGCCUGUGCGUGUAGACAAGUGCGCGAUCCGAUGGAUAAAACGAAACGAGUAAAUUGUGAUAGCGCAUUAAUCGGCCGUCACGGUUCAAGGUGUCUUAUUACGUGCACGUUAAAUUAAUGUGCAUUGAAUGCGUGGCGGGAUGUAAUUCUUUUUUAAACACGAUGACUCUCGCAACGUGCGCGACGCGCGCUAUGUGAGCGAAUGCACGCGAGGAAAGUUCCGUCGUGGCGUUGGAUCGAUUCGUCCACGAGGAGACAAACGUGGACGAAUCUGAUCCGGCUCUCCUGCGGAAAGCACGAUGAUCCAGGCAUCGUUCUCACGUACGUAUGUACGUGUACUACAUUAUACGCAUAUAUGUUACGCAUAUAUGUGGCGUCCGAAAUAGCUGUCCAUUUAUGAGUAAAGGCACGCUUCUGUUGACCCUCGAGAAACGCGAGAGAUAUCUGACAGCGUGAUAUAUAGAGGCGACAUUGCGCGACUUCAUUCAGCUGCACGAUGCAGUAGAGAGCUGUCUCAUGCGUGCGCUUGAGAGCGACAACCUCGUUCUGCGUCUCUCUUUUCUUCACGGUGAUGAAAAGAGAUGCAGAUCGGGGGGAGGGGGUGGUAGUUCAUCGCGACAUUGCACACGUCAGGCAGCUCUGCGACACGUACACGUGCAGAAAGAGCGUUCACGAUGAAAUUCAUGUGACAUAAUCGCGUUGCACAAAGUUUAUCGCGCGCGCGACUGAUGCCUCGAGCAACAAGUGAUGCUGAUGCCGCGGCUGCAGCGGACGGACAUCUAUCGCGAACGCGACUUUAAACACACGGCAACAGGUAACAAUGACGUCAGUGCCUCCAAAAGUCAAAGGUGAGAGAUUGCAACAAGCUCUCCCCGGUGAUUUCGCCGAUGCGAGUUGGAAGAAAGAAAUAUCGUAAAUUAAAAGAGAGUAUUUUCUUCUGCAAAAUUCUAAUGCGCACACGAUACAAAUGACGCCUCAGGAAUACGAAGACAUCAAUCGCGGGCCGCGGACAUCUCGAGCGUCAACAGCUUUUUAAUAAUCUAGACUAUAGCUUCAUUUUACUUCGUGCCAUAAGCUGGUGAAUUUUAUGUAUCAUAACGUGCUACUCUUUGCGACGCAUGUCGAACAUGUAUAUUUAUCGUUACAUAUACAUAUACAUUUUAUCGUUACAUGUUCUCAGGAAUUGCUUAUUUGUAAGAUGCGGAGUUUCGCGAGAUCUCUCACAUGCGAAUGUGAGCCCUUUCCUCGAGGCUGGUACAAGAAACAAGGUAACGACGACCCGUCAUCUCCUCGACGAUGCAUGCGUUCGCGACAGAAGGCUCGCUGCGAAAUCUCGCGAAACUCCGCACUCCUUUACGGUUCGUUCCGCGACGGGCCGUAGAAUGACGCCUUCUUUCAUCGCGACGGCACCUCGUCCCCGUUGUUGUCGAUAGGAACUUUUCUUCGAUUCUCUACAGAAUGUGGCAGAGUCGUUUGCGAAACGUACUCUAUUGUAUCUUCUAACGACGCCGACGACGUGCUGCACCGAUGUACGAACCUGUCGUCGUAGAUGUGGGGGUGCGAUAUGUAUUUGUAUUUCGUAGCCUCGACUGUGAUAGAGAGAGAGAAAAUAAAGGGUUUUAUUCGUU